UCGGUAUAGGGAAGCUUUGAACAAAAGACCCAAUCUCGACGUGGAGGAGCGGAGCUAUCAAUGGAGGUUACAGGAGGCGAACUCGAUGAUGCCUUUUCGGGAUCUUGCCCGUCUGGAGUUCCGCAAGAUGUCGCGACAGAACUACGAUCGAUCAUGCGGCUUCACUCGAUGUCUGCUCAAGACUUAUCCUACAAAUGGGAUGCAUACUGCCUGAAGAUGGGAGCAGAGGAAACGGCCCUAAAUUUGGAUACCGUUCGAGGCCUGAAGAGAGAUAUCCAGGAUGUCUUGGAGCGCGAGAGUCGAGGGAAAGCCCAUAUGCGUGGAACUGAUAAAAGAAAUGCUGUAUCAGCAACCCCCCGAGCUGCAACUAAUAAUCGGGAUGUCUUCGAGAUACUCGAUGAUUUCGCCGCAUCACCGCACAGCCGAACUAACAAUGGAGCGAGCGUUGGCGCUGGGAAAAGAAAAGCCGCUUUUGGGACUCCUUCAACAUCGAAGGUUGGCAGGGUCGAAAAGAGUGCUGGAUCUCUAGGGAAUCCCCAAACUCCUUUACGGCCAUCGAAUGGCGAUCUCGCUGGAUUACAGCCAACCCCUUUCGCUGAACGACAAAAUAGUGGACAAGUAUUGGAAACGAUAAACACCCAUCUUUCGAUGUCACAACCGCCGAUAGCCCCGUACCCAAUGGAACGUGUUAAGCCGACCGCGAACACCGAUAUGAAGAAAUUUGCCUAUAAACCGAUGUCCAUGCAUUUAAAUGAGGCGUCUGAAGUGCUAGAUAACAUGAUAGAUGAAUUUAUGGCUAUCAUUCAAAAACAUCAUGGUUUGGAUGACACCGUCUUUGGCAGUGCGGCCAAUCAAAGUACCAAAGAGAUAAUUGCAGUGGGAAGAAUUGCUUCGGACAGUUUAGAGGGAAAAUUGAACACAGCAUCUUUGGUUUUGGAAACAUCUAGACGAAGUGGUGCAGGUUUACGAAUUCCCCUGAAAAUUGACUCGUUACCUUCGGUUCAAUUUUUCCCUGGGCAAAUUGUUGCCCUUCGAGGAAUAAAUGCUUCUCGAGAGUAUUUCACAGUGUUCGAGGUGCUUUCCACACCGCUGCUACCGCCAGCUGCAUCGCCUCCCGCAAUAAUACAAUCGAUCAAUGAUCGACUUGGGGAUAGUGAUGCGGAACGGGCAUUAAAUAUUCUCAUAGCUUCAGGGCCUUUCACCGCGGAUGAUAAUCUGGAUUUCGAACCACUUAGAACUUUAUGCGCAAAGGCUGCCGAUGAAUAUGCUGAUGCUUUGAUUCUAACGGGGCCAUUCCUGGAUCUAGAACAUCCCCUUGUCGCAUCUGGUGAUUUUGACCUUCCGGAUGAAAAAGGAUUGGAUCCAGACAAUGCGACACUAUCAUCCCUGUUCCAAUGUUAUAUAACCCCACUCCUAAAACAACUCGCAUCCGCGGUUCCAAGCAUUUGUAUUUUCCUCGUCCCCUCAGUUCGCGAUGCAAUCAGCAAACACGUCUCCUUUCCGCAAGAGAAACUACUUAAAAGGGAUCUGGACUUAUUCCAGACGAAGCAGGUUCGAACCGUUCCCAAUCCCGUAACUCUCUCGCUCAAUGAAAACGUGUUUGGGAUGUGUUCCCAUGAUGUUCUUUACGAACUAAGACAAGAGGAGGUGCUAGGAGGCAGACCUUCAGAGGGCGGCUUGUUAACCAGACUAUCACGAUAUUUGAUUGAACAACGGCAUUUCUUACCUGUCUUCCCUCCGACGGCUAGAGGUAAUCUGCCAAAGUCUGGGGUCGAGGGUGGGCUAGCCACUGGUGCAAUGCUCGAUACUAGCUACUUGAAAUUGGGAGAGUGGUGGAAUGUGCGACCAGACGUGCUGAUUACACCUAGUAUUUUACCUCCGUUUGUCAAGGUAGUUGAGGGCGUCCUGGUUAUUAACCCUGGGACACUGUCAAAACGGAAAGCAGCAGGAUCAUUUGCGCAAAUGACAUUGCACCCAAGGACCCUCACUGAAGAAGAAAUGAAUGUGAAACAGGUAGGGCACAAAGUCUAUGAACGGGCAAGAGUUGAUGUGAUUAGGAUCUAAGAAAUAUUUGAAAAUGACAUGACGAAUGGGUCUCAUGGAUUGCAGUUUUGGGAGAAUGGGCGUUAUGGAUAGGGGCGCAUUCGGUGUCAAUUAUAUCUCUAUAUAUUCAUAUGCACUGUACUGUACUAUGAUGUUCAACAUUUCGCUUCAACAAUUGACUACUUUAUAUGCACAAAAGCUCCUCCCGACAAGAGCUUAACAAUAAAAUAUAGAAAAAGAAACCAUGCCUUGCCGAGUCUAUAUCUUCCUCCAUCCAUUAACUCCAAAAAACAAAGCUAUGCAAACAAAGCAAAAUGUUGACAUAAAAAUAACCAGAAUACCCACCUCAACCUAAGAAACACACUACAAUCACAUUUUUUUCCCCCGCCUCAUUUCUAACCGCACUGCUCACCGCACGUCACCUCAAACACAUGACCCUCCUUACCACGCCGGUGCCGCCACCGACCCCUCCAG